UGUCACAAGUGAUAACAGGGCUGGUUUUCAUGGGGCUCUUGUUGGCAUUUGGAGCAGCAGAGGAUGAUGCUCCUUUCUGUCAGAUUGUGGGAAGUCCAGAGUUCCCUCUGUUGUCUAAAGAGGGAGAUGUCAUGAUAGGGGGAGCUUUUUCCAUCCACAGCAAAAUCACACAACCUCCACUUUCCUUUACAGAGAAACCAACACAUCUCACAUGUUCCAGUGUCAACCUCAGGGAGUUUCGAUUUGCCCAGACCAUGAUCUUUGCAAUCGAGGAAAUAAACAGAAGUGAAUUUCUUCUUCCCAGUGUUUCUAUUGGGUACCGUAUUUAUGAUAACUGUGGCUCAACAUUAUCCUCAAUGCGUGCAGUGAUGGCCCUGAUGAACGGAGAUGAUUGGACUGUGGGAAAGAGCUGCUCUGGUCAGUCAGCUGUUCAUGCUAUUAUUGGGGAGUCUGAAUCCUCUUCAACCAUUGUGCUUUCACGCACUACAGGACCUUUCAAAAUACCAGUGAUAAGUCAUUCAGCUACUUGUGAGUGUUUGAGCAGCAGGCAGGAGUAUCCCUCUUUCUUUCGAACCAUUGCCAGUGAUCUCUACCAAAGCCGAGCCCUCGCCCAGCUGGUCAAGCACUUUGGCUGGACCUGGGUCGGGGCAGUCAACAGCGACAGUGACUAUGGCAACAACGGCAUGGCCAUCUUCCUUGCUGCAGCCCAGGAGGAAGGAGUGUGUAUAGAGUAUACAGAGAAAUUUCACAGGACAGAACCAGAAAAACUCAUGAGAGUGGUAGACGUGAUCCAAAAAAGCACUGCUCAGGUCAUUGUUGGUUUCCUGGCUCAUGUGGAGAUGAACAACCUUCUACAGCAGUUGAGUCUACACAACAUCACAGACAAGCAGUUUGUUGGGGUGGAGGCCUGGAUCACUGCUGACAGCCUUGUGACUCCCACCAGCUUCAGUGUGCUGGGAGGUUCACUUGGUUUUGCUAUGCAAAAGGCCAAUAUCAGUGGCCUGGAUGAUUUUUUAAUCAAAGAUUUUUGGGAGACAGAGUUUAAGUGCAAGGAGACAAACAGAGACACCAUGAUAGAAAAAGCACAUUGCAAAGAGAACCAGGAUCUUAUUGAGCUUAAAGAUUAUGAUGAUGAUGUGGCAGAGCUGAGAUACUCCAGUAACAUCUACAAAGCCAUCUAUGCUGUGGCCCAUUCUCUGCAUAGUAUCCUAAAGUGCUCCAAAAGUCAGGGGUGUGACAAGACUGUAAAGAUUACUCCCUGGCAGGUAGUGGAGUCUUUGAAGCAGGUGAAUUUUACCAUUAAGAAUGGGGACCAGGUGUGGUUUGACAGCACCGGAGCAGUUGUGGCUCGGUAUGAAGUGGUGAACUGGCAGCUUGGAUCAGAUGGCUCAGUCCAGUUUAAACCUGUCGGCUACUAUGACGCCUCCCUACCUCCUGGACAGAAGUUUGUCCUCAAGACUGAAGCCAUAAUGUGGCGUGAUGGACAGACAGAGUUGCCUGUGUCAGUGUGCAGUGAGAGCUGUCGUCCAGGAACUCAUAAAGUCCUUCAGAAAGGAAAGCCAGUCUGCUGCUAUGACUGUAUACCGUGUGCAGAGGGAGAAGUCAGCACCAGCACAGAUUCUAAUGACUGCAAAAAGUGUCCUGAAGAGUAUUGGUCCAAUCAAAACAGAGAUGCAUGUGUACUGAAAAAUGUCGAGUUCCUCUACUUCACUGAGGUUAUGGGUAUAAUACUUGUAUUUUUCACUUUGUUUGGUGUGCUCCUUACUUUUUUUGUUGCCACUCUAUUCUUGAUCAAUAGGGACACUCCCUUGGUGAAGGCCAACAACUCUGAGCUGAGCUUCCUGCUGCUCUUCUCCUUGACUCUGUGUUUCCUGUGUUCUUUGACCUUCAUAGGUCGGCCUUCUGAGUGGUCCUGCAUGCUACGACACACAGCAUUCGGCAUCACCUUUGUCCUCUGUAUCUCUUGUGUGCUUGGGAAAACAGUAGUGGUGUUGAUGGCCUUUAAAGCUACACUUCCAGAGGAGGACACUAUGCUCUGUGAGAUGCUGGGGAGCCCAGAGUAUCCUCUGUUAUCUAUGGAAGGAGAUAUCACUAUUGGAGGAGCUUUCUCUAUCCAUAGCCAAAUCUCAAAGCCUCCGCUCUCCUUCACAGAUAGUCCAGAACCUCUCAUGUGCUCCAGGAUAAAUUUCAGAGAAUUUCGUUUUGCCCAAACAAUGAUUUUUGCCAUUGAGGAGAUCAACAAAAGCAGCUCUCUGCUACCUAAUAUCUCAAUUGGUUAUAAGGUAUUUGACAGCUGUGGUUCAACACUGCCUUCAACGCGUGCAGUGAUGGGUUUAAUGAAUGGACAGGAAAGGACUUUGGGAAAAACCUGCUCCAGCCAGUCAUCUGUUCAUGCCAUCAUCGGAGCCUCUGAGUCCUCCUCAACCAUUGUGAUGCUACAAAUUUCAGGGAUAUUCCAAAUACCAGUGAUCAGCCACUUUGCCACUUGUGCUUGUCUGAGUAACAGAAAGGAAUACCCCUCCUUCUUCAGAACCAUCCCUAGUGACUACUAUCAGAGCAGAGCCUUGGAAAAACUUGUAAAGCACUUUGGCUGGACAUGGGUUGGGGCAGUUAGAAGUGACAAUGAUUAUGGUAACAAUGGCAUGGCAACAUUUAUCACAGCUGCAAGUCAGGAGGGGGUCUGUAUUGAGUACUCAGAGUCCAUCUCAAGGACUGACCCCAGUGAGCAGGUUGCCCGGGUGGUCAGAGUGAUGCAAAGCGGCAGUGCAAGGGUUGUAGUUGCCUUCCUCGCCCAGGGCGAGAUGGACGUUCUGCUUGAGCAAGCUCUGAACCAGAACUUGACUGGGCUUCAGUGGGUGGGCAGUGAGUCCUGGAUUACAGCAAUUCAUCUUGCCACGAAAAGGUACUCGGGAAUCCUGACAGGGUCUCUGGGCUUCGCCAUCAAAAAGACAAAGAUCACAGGCCUUCAAGAGUUUCUUUUGCAGGUUAACCCAAGUCAGGACCCUCAGAAUAAUCUGCUGAGAGAGUUCUGGGAAGCCACAUUUGGCUGCAGUUUCCAAUCCAGUCUACAUGGUCAGACCCAGUGCUCUGGCUCUGAAAGACUACAGGACAUCAACAAUCCUUUCACAGAUGUGUCAGAGCUAAGGAUAUCUAACAAUGUGUAUAAGGCUGUGUAUGCUGUGGCUCAUGCUCUGCAUAACAUGUUAAAAUGUGGACAAAGUGGUGAAGCAGUGAAUCAAUCAUUUAUCUGGAAAGAUGAUUUAGAGCCAAAACAGGUUGUGAAACACCUCCAAAAUGUGAAUUUCACUCUUCAGUCAGGAGAGAGUGUGUAUUUUGAUGAAAAUGGAGACCCUGCAGCGACUUAUGAGCUGGUGAACUGGCAGAGAAACAAAGCAGGAGAUACUGUGUUUGUGGCUGUAGGGAGCUACAAUGCUUCACAACCAAAUGGAAAGCAGUUUACCAUAAAUGGAAUAAACAUAACAUGGGCGGCCGAAUCCCCAAAGAGGCCACAGUCUGUCUGCAGUGAGAGUUGUCUGCCAGGUUUCCGGCAGGCUGUGAUUAAAGGUAAACCCAUCUGCUGUUUCUCCUGCAUCGCCUGUGCUGCUGGAGAGAUCAGCAACUUCAGCAAUUCUACAGAGUGUUCACUGUGCCCACUGGAGUACUGGUCAAACGAAGAUCAUAGCCAGUGUGUUCCAAAGGUGAUCGAGUUCCUAUCUUAUGGAGAAACCAUGGGAGCCCUUCUCACUGCUUUCUCAUUGUUUGGAGCAAGCUUAACACUGGUGGUGUCAUGUGUCUUCUUUCGGUUUCGUCACACACCUCUUGUCAAAGCCAGUAACUCUGAGCUGAGCUUCUUGCUGCUCUUCUCCUUGACUCUGUGUUUCCUGUGUUCUCUGACCUUCAUCGGCCGGCCUUCUGAGUGGUCUUGCAUGCUGCGACACACAGCUUUUGGCAUCACCUUUGCCUUGUGCAUGUCUUGUAUCUUGGCUAAAACCAUGGCAGUGGUGAUUGCCUUUAAGGCUAAAAGGCCAGCAAACACAGUUCCUCAGUGUUCUGCUCCGCUUCAGAGAACAAGUGUUCUUAGCUGUACUUUACUGCAGGUGUUAGUUUGUGUGCUGUGGUUAAAUUAUGCUCCGCCACACCCAUACCAAAAUACAGCUCAUGCCACUGAAAGGAUUAUUCUAGAGUGUGAUUUAGGUUCACCCAUAGGUUUCUGGGCUGUGUUGGGGUAUAUAGGACUUCUGGCUGUGCUUUGCUUCAUUCUUGCUUUUCUGGCUCGAAAACUGCCUGAUAAUUUCAAUGAAGCUAAAUUCAUCACCUUCAGCAUGCUGAUAUUCUGUGCUGUCUGGAUCACCUUUAUCCCAGCAUAUGUCAGCUCGCCUGGGAAGUUUACUGUAGCUGUAGAGAUAUUUGCUAUUCUGGCCUCUAGCUUUGGGUUGCUUUUCUGUAUAUUUGCUCCAAAAUGUUAUAUUUUACUAUUGAAACCAGAGAGAAAUACUAAAAAACAUAUGAUGGGGAGAAACCAAUAAAAAU